CGUAUGUUUCCCUGAGUGUCAGUAUUCCAAUGUCUCAUACAGUCAUUCCAGAGAUGAUGCAUACUCGGUCUCUCAGAGUAUCAGUGGCUUCCGCAGCACGAGAAAGAGGGUCAGUUGGCCCCCAUGAUGUCACAUGGUCCCACAAUUUCAUUCUUUAAAACAGUACAACCUCUCUCUCUCCUCAGAUUCUCUUCUCAGUUUUCGCGGUUUAUUUCAUUUUGAAAAUAAUUUGAAACCGAUUCAUCGAGAUUUUCUUCUGCAACUGAAGAUAAUGAAAGCAAUUGAGAGUAGAAUGUCUGAGAAAAGUAAUUUUACAAAGAAGAAUCAAAAAUUCGAACCAGUAUCAAUAAUGAAGAAGCUCCGAUCAAAGAUUCCUCGUCGAAAACGUUUUCAGAUCUCUCCAAUUCUCGGUGAAUCUUCUUCAAAUUCUUUAUACAGAGUAGAAAAGCGUAAACCAAACGAUGAGGUAUCAUCAGUAUUGAUUCCAGAUGAGAUUUCGUGUACAUCAAACUUGAUUUCAGUUGGAUCUGAAACGCUUCAAGAGUUUAAACUUUCCCUGAAGCAGCAGCAGGAGCAGAAGAAGAAACAAGUUGUAGUUUCUAAAACUGAAAAUUGUUCUGAUGAUAGAAGAAUCCUCACUAGAUAUUGCUACAAACAGAAGGAGAUUGAAGAAACGGCAACGGAGAAGGUAUCAGAAUCUCAUUCUUGUGGUGUAGUAUUCUCCGGCGAUGAGUUUUCCGGGAGAAAAUGGAAAAGUAGAGCUCGUAAAGUUGAUGAAAAUGAUGAAGGAGGUAAUAAUCGUAAUGUUUCUGAAGCAAUCUCUUUCUCUGAAACUUCUUGUAUUCAAUCAGUUUAUUCUUCGAUUAAAAACUCAAGGAAAAAUUCCAAAUCGGAGGAGGAAUUUACUAGUAAUGAUUCAGUUGCUAAGAAAGCCAAGGUGGAAAUUCAAGGAGGUGAAAGUGUUUCAGAGAUCAUGUUUGUUCCAAAAUCUAAUUCCGAAUUGAAAAAUGAAAAUGAAUUCGUCGGUGAUGAAAUCAGAGCUCCGGUGGCGUCAAUUUCAGAUUUGUCGAGAAAUUACUGUAAAGUUGAAUCGAAUUUGAAAUUCGCCGAUUCAGAAUCAACAGCGAUCAAUCAAAAACCUGAAGACUUUGAAUCAGACUGUGAACUCGUUUGUUCUGAAGAGUAUUCUUAUGGCGCUGAAGAAUCAGAUUACUCAAAGACAAUUUCCGAUCUAGAUUCUGAAUUCUCAGAUUAUGUGGGAUCAUCACUUUACGAUUCUGAAUCUCAAACUGAUUUUUCUCAAGGAUCAGAUUUAAAUCCGACUACUUAUUACUCAUUUCUUACUGAAUACUCAAAGGAAUUCUCCAGAUUAAGCUUUGUAGCUUCUUCAGAUUGCAAAAUCUCUUCACAGAUCCACAAAGACUAUUCCGAGAAACUCACAGUAAAUGAAAAUCAUGAAGAUAGUUACACCAAAUUCAGACGCAGAGAAAGAAAUCAUGUGAUUCUAAAAGAUUACUUCGAAGAUUAUUACACAACAACAGACUAUGGAGAUUUUCUUCUUCAACAGAGGCAAGCAAUUGUUAACUGGAUAACCGAUGUAAGUUCAGAAUCAGGUCUCAGGGAGCUCAAUUUAGAGACAGUGUUCUUAUGUGUAAGCCUGAUGGACAGAUUUUUAAGCCAAGGCUUCUUCAAAACCAAAAGGAAGCUUCAACUGCUUGGAAUUGCUUGCCUCACCUUGGCCACAAGAAUCGAAGAAAAUCAGAUGUACAACUGUAUAAGGCAAAAGACAUUCCAGAUUGGGAGCGAUGUGUAUAGCAGGUGUGAAGUUGUUGCCAUGGAGUGGUUAGUUCAAGAGAUCCUCAACUUCCAAUGUUUCUUGCCCACCACUUACAACCUAUUAUGGUUCUAUCUGAAAGCAGCAAGAGCGGAUCAGGAAAUGGAGGACACGGCCAAGUAUCUUGCAGUUCUGUCUUUGAUGGACCCUGACCUGCUGUGCUACUGGCCAUCAACUGUUGCCGCCGGUUUGGUCAUUCUUUCAGCCUUGGUAUCCAAUAAGGAUUCCUCCUGCCAAUUCAUCAUGGAGACUCACGUCAGAACCUACAACGACGAUCUACCAGAAUGCAUAGAAAGCCUAGAAUGGAUGGUGAAGUAUGUGAGUUAGCUCUACCAGGAUGCAUACAAAGCCUAGAAGUGGCUGGUGAAGUGCCUGUGUUACUUAGAAUGAUCAAAUUACUUACAGUCACUAGUGUGAUUCAUACAAACUAUAGAACAUACAUACAGCAAACUGAUUAUUAUAAUCCGGUUACAUUUUACUUUUACUAGUCUUUCUUCUUCUUCUUCUUCUUGAUUGUGUUACCUUUGUUUCUUAGUACUGACAGCAGAAGACUUCAACCAAG